GAAUGUUUUACUUACAUUGGUUGAUUAGUUUUUUCUGUAUUGAAAUUAUUAUUAUUUAACAUGGUGUUUUCUGCUCUUAAGGUCCCAUUCACCAAGAUACCUACUCCUUUACCCCCACUCUUGAAUUUAUACAUUUACUAUAACAAUGAAUAAAGUCAAGUCCCGCCCUAUAAUUUAUCACAUUCUAAAACCUUAGAGUUUCACUCUAAAAUAUGUUACAUUACAUAGAUCACCCAUAACUUCUGUUGCAUGACUUUAAGUUUGCUAAGCAGAGCAUGGACACUACUUAUGAGAUGUUGUGAAAUCAAAAAUCAAAAUGGCAAGAUGCACUAGAGGUUUGCUUUUCUUACAUUUCAACUGACAUUUGUGUUUUUCUAGUUGUAAAGGUUAAAAACCGGGGUGUCCAAACUUGGUCCUGGUCCUUGGUUUAGCUCCAACUUGCCUCAACACACCUGCCAGGGGGUUUCUAGUAUGCCUAAUAAGAGCUUGAUUAGCUGGUUCAGGUGUGUCUAAUUGGGGCUGGAGCUAAAAUCUGUAGGACACCUCCCUCCAGGACAGAGUUUGGGCACCCCAUGGGUUAAAACAAUGUAAAGAUACUGACAAACAGUAGUGUUUCCUUGGACUCGGACUGACUCGACUCGGACUCGUCUCGGACUCGAUUGGUAAAAGACUCGCACUCGACUUAGGUGGACUCGAACCCAACACUAAGAAAUACAUCUGAAAAACUGGAGCAGAUCAAUGUUUUACACUAAUCAGUUCUCUGCACAUCUCUUAUGUGUGUUUAUCAGAGAACUGAAUAUAAGUGAUUCUGGGAAAUAUAAGAUUAUAGUCAAUGUUUCUGAAGACUACAGUUUCUUCUUUAUAUUUCACCUGGACAUCAGAGACACUGAUUGUUGUGAGAAGAGCAUCAGUCUAUCAGCUGCUGCAGGAGGAUCUGUGAACAUCAGCUGCAAAUACCCACAAUCCCACAGUGCUGAUGUCAAGUUUGUCUGCAGGAGAUCUGGAUCUGAUCUCUGUGCUGAAGAAACGUCUGUGAAGGAGAACAGAAGAUGGAGCGCUGAGGGACAGAUCCAGCUGUAUGAUGACAGAGAGCAGCAGCUCCUGACGGGAACCAUCAGUCAUGUGACUCAACAACAUUCAGCUGAAUACUGGUGUGGAGUUCAGUCUGAUCAAGGACACAAGAGCUUCAUCACACGAGUCCUCAUCAGCGUUACUGAUGUUCCAGAAACGUCUUCAUCACCACAAUUAUCAUCAUCUUCAUCAUCAUCAUCAUCUUCUUCUUCUUCUUCUUCUUCUUCUUCUUCUUCAUCAUCAUCAUCAGUUGAAUCUCCACAGCAGAGAAUGUGUGUCAGAAACUGAUUUAUUUUACAGGAGUUUGAGAUGUUCAGUGUUCAGUAUUCUGUGAGAACAGAUCAAAUGAACAUUGAUUAUAAUGUCAGAGGAAAACAGUUUCCUCCAGAUGAGUCUGAUUGUUACUUCUAAAACAUAAACAUUUAAUGUAGUUUUUUUUUUUUCUUGCUUUCUACAGUUGUGUAGGCUAUUUGAGGCUUAGUGUAUGAUUUUCUGUAAAGCUGCUUUGAAACAGCACUGAAUGUGAGAAGUGAUACGCAAAUAAAAAUGACCCUUUAAAACUCAUACUUUAUUUGCAUCUCUCUAUACUGUCAUUGUUAUAAUGUGGAGCUUCGUCAGACUGAACAAACAAUCCAUUUAUACUGUUAAGUUCCAGUGUUUUUGUUGUUGUUGUUGUAGUUGUUGUUGUUUUUUGUUGUUGUUGUUUUCUGUUGUUUCUGUUUCUUUGUUUUGUUUUGUUUUUUUCUUUUUCAUCUUGACCUCUGUUAUGUCCAUAUGGAUGUAUAUGUAUUAUUAUUUAUUGUUAUAUUUGUUCCACUGUUGUUUACAAAGGUGUGUGCGUGGUUGAAUACCACACCUUUGUUUUUGCUCUCUCUCUCUCUCUCUCUCUCUCUCUCUCUGCUCAUUCUCAGGGCAAACAAUAAUCACCUGUAUUUUGUUUGUGAGAGUGGCCUGACACCAAAGGGAUAUUGGGGCAGUUCAGCUUUUUCUUGGAGAGACACACGUCUCCCCUGCUCCAGACUGAACUUUGUGCUUGUUUUCUCAUGUAGAGACAAUAGCUGUGUGUUAGCAGUGUCUAAUUGAGUUUUAGCAGGAACUGUUAAUGGAUUUUGUUCCAGGUUGAGAUUGAGCAAAAGUUAUUGUGGUUCUUCUGUUCUGAGUCUAAAUACUAGAUUGUGAAUGUUAAGAGUGAUGCUGUAGGGAGAGAGUAUUUUUCUUUUAAUACUGCUUUUGUCUGUUUUUGUACAAGGGAGGUGAGGAAAGUUUGUUGUAUAUGUAUUUUCUUUUAUUUAAGUUUAGUUAGAGCUCCUCCUAAAAAUAGUUGAUCUAUACUGAUCUAUUUUGUUGGUUAUUUUAGGCCUUGCUCUUCACUGAGCCUUUGCACCCAUUCAUUU